GUACCCAGGAAGAUAAGAACUCGCCCAGUUUUUACUUGCAUUGCACGCAGUUGGCUUCAAAUUUUUGGCCCUGCUUCCACCAAAGUAAGAAAAAAAUACGUAAAAAUGCGAACAAAAAGCAUUUUGUAUUAUUUGGCUGUUGGAUUCCUUAUUAUGGGAAUCUUUUUGGGAGAAGCCGAAGCAAGAAGAAAAAUUUUACGUGGACGUAAAACUAUAACAAGACGAUAUUACAGAGCUCCAGCUCUCCCAGCAUGGUCCAUUGCCGUUCUAAUUGGCCUGAGCAUGUUAAUAGUCGGAGCAGCCGCAUAUUUUGUGAUGAAAAAAUUAUUGAUUGACAGUAUUGAAGUUAGCGAAGUGCCGUCAUAUCAACCAGCAAUGCAAGAUGAAGUUUGAUGCAUAUUUAAUACGUUUACUAAAUAAUUAUAAUCGUAAAUAAUCAACUUAUUUUACUUUUGUAAAUGAUUUAUUUUGUAAGAGUUUUGACUUAAUUGAUGACAAAAUACAGACUUAAUUAAUUUAUUAUAUAUGUAUAA